UAGCACUAAAGCGAGCUAAAUUGCUCAUUGAAAAUAAAGGGGCAAAACAUUGCAAUAUUUAGAGUGAUUUGCGCAUGUAAUACCAUUUGUUAUGAUUAUUGUGCGUGCGUAAGCCAGUUAAAGAGCGCCGUGGAAUAAAAAUGGCUACAUAGGCUUCUGCAGUUUAGCAUCGAGUGCUAGGUACUUAGCUUAGUUGGCUAACGAUAUAAAACGCCCUCUGUGCUAGCUAGCAGUGGUACCAGACAUGGCCGCUGUCAUAUUGAGAGUUCAAUCCUUCCAGGGUUUGAAAACAUUGCUACAACAGAAAUGGCUAUGGACGAACGGAUCGGUGAGGUGUGCAUCUGUUGUGAGAGGCCGGAUAGAGAAGGUCCUGAUAGCUAAUCGAGGGGAGAUCGCCUGCCGGGUGAUGCGCACGGCCCGGAAGAUGGGUGUUCGCUCGGUGGCCGUGUACAGCGAGGCCGACCGGGACGCGAUGCAUGUCGCCAUGGCGGAUGAAGCUUAUCACAUCGGACCGGCUGCGUCUCAGCAGAGCUACCUGUCCAUGGAGAAGGUCAUGGAGGUCGCCAAGCGGUCACAUGCUCAGGCCGUCCACCCGGGAUACGGCUUCCUGUCGGAGAACACGGAGUUUGCGGAGCUGUGUAAACAGGAAGGCAUCAUCUUCAUCGGCCCCCCAUCCUCUGCCAUACGGGACAUGGGGAUUAAGAGCACAUCAAAGCACAUUAUGUCAGCGGCCGGGGUGCCCAUCAUCGAGGGUUACCAUGGCGAGGACCAAUCGGACGAGAAGCUGCAGGCGGAAGCUGCCAGGAUAGGCUACCCUGUGAUGAUCAAGGCUGUUCGUGGUGGGGGAGGGAAGGGGAUGCGCAUCGCGCACACGGAGGCAGACUUUCACGAGCAGCUGGAGUCGGCACGCAGAGAAGCGCGCAAGUCCUUCAACGACGACGUCAUGCUAGUGGAGAAGUUUGUGGAGAACCCCAGGCACGUGGAGGUCCAGGUGUUUGGAGACCAGCACGGGAACGCCGUCUACCUGUUCGAGAGGGACUGCAGCGUACAGAGGAGGCAUCAGAAGAUCAUUGAGGAGGCGCCCGGGCCGGGGAUCAGCCCAGAGGUGAGGAGGAAGCUGGGAGAGGCGGCGGUUCGAGCCGCCAAAGCCGUGAACUACGUAGGAGCAGGCACGGUGGAGUUCAUCAUGGACGCUCAGCACAACUUCUACUUCAUGGAGAUGAACACCCGGCUGCAGGUGGAGCAUCCCGUCUCAGAGAUGAUCACCGGGACCGACCUGGUGGAGUGGCAGCUCCGGGUGGCAGCGGGGGAGGAGCUGCCCCUCUCCCAGGACGAGGUGACGCUGAGCGGGCACUCCUUCGAGGCCCGGAUCUACGCCGAGGACCCCAACAACGACUUCCUGCCGGGGGCGGGGCCUCUGCUGCACCUGUCCACGCCGCAGGCCGACGAGUGCACACGCAUCGAGACCGGCGUGCGCCAAGGAGACGAGGUUUCCGCGCACUAUGACCCCAUGAUCGCCAAGCUGGUGGUGUGGGGGGAGGACCGGGCGGCGGCCCUGAAGAGGCUGCGAUACUGCCUGCGCCAGUACAACAUCGUGGGGCUCAACACCAACAUCGACUUCCUGCUGAGACUGUCGGGACACCCGGAGUUUGAGGCGGGGAACGUGCACACGAGCUUCAUCCCGCAGCACCACGCCCAGCUGUUCCCCCCCCCGCUCGCCCCCCCCAAAGAGCGGCUCUGUCAGGCUGCGCUGGGCCUCCUGCUCCGAGAGACCGACCACACACACGCCUUCAGGACCCGCUCUCACGACCAGUACUCCCCGUUCGCUGGCAGCAGUGGGCGGCGGGUGAACAUCCUCUACACCAGGAGCCUGAGCCUGCAGCUCGGGGAGAAAAAGGUGGAGGUGGCUGUUACAUACAACCCAGAUGGCACUUACAGUAUGGAGGUGGGAGGGGAGGUGUUCCUGGUCUCGGGGGAGCUGGUGGAGGAGGGCGGAGCCUCGUACCUGCGCUGCUCUGUCAACGGGGUCCUGUCCCGGCCCAAGAUGGUCGUCGUGGACAACGACGUGCACCUCUUCUCCAUGGAGGGCAGUUUCACGGCGACGGUGCCCGUGCCCAAAUUCCUGGCGGGAGUGGGCGGGGCGGGGGCGCAGGGCGGGGCGGUGGCCCCCAUGACCGGGACGAUAGAGAAGGUUCUGGUGCAGGUGGGGGACAAGGUGCAGGUGGGCGACGCCCUCAUGGUGAUGAUCGCAAUGAAGAUGGAGCACACUAUCCGCGCCCCCAAAGCGGGCGUCAUCAAAAAGGUCUUCUUCAAAGAGGGGUCCCAGGCCAACCGGCACGCUGCUCUCGUCGAGCUGGAGGAAGAGGAGGAGGAGGAAGAGGAGGCCAGCAAAGAGUAACUCUGAUGGCUGUCAGACUGACUGUAGGAACAUAACUCCAGACUGACGUGGACUGUAGGAAUGGUUUAAUGCUGUGAACAGCACAGGUGUUAAAACUGUAGAUGGAGCUUUUUCAUGCUCUGACUGAACACUACCACUACCACUACGACUGUUCUCCCUGGUUGCCUUGGAGAUUUGAGUUGGCCGCCAUAAUUAUUUUUAUUUUUAUUUUUUUUGUGGCAAAGCAAUACAUUUCACCAGGACCAGAAAUCUUCAUAAUAUUCUAAUAUUCUAUAAUAUUCCUGGAAUGUGAAGUGAAGGUCUUUAGAUUGAGGGGUUUUUGUUUCUUUCUUCCUCCUCUCCUCUCAACUGAUUUACUGGCUCCCUCUGCCUUGUGUUCAGCUGAGGUUUCCAUGGUAACUUUUUUUUUUUUUUUUUUUUUUCUUCAUUUAUUCUUUUUCCUGUCUUUCUUGCUCAGCUGAAAUGGUCAGCUGACUGAAGAAAGGGGUUCUGUGGGGUUUGUGGCACACCGUCUCCACUGGGCAUGCUCAGACCCUGGGUUCCUGAGACCACACUGAGCAUGCUCAGAACCUGGGCUCCUGAGACCACACUGAGCAUGCUCAGAACCUGGGCUCCUGAGACCACACUGAGCAUGCUCAGAACCUGGGCUCCUGAGACCACACUGAGCAUGCUCAGAACCUGGGCUCCUGAGACCACACUGAGCAUGCUCAGAACCUGGGCUCCUGAGACCACACUGAGCAUGCUCAGAACCUGGGCUCCUGAGACCACACUGAGCAUGCUCAGAACCUGGGUUCCUGAGACCACACUGAGCAUGCUCAGACCCUGGGUUCCUGAGACCACACUGAGCAUGCUCAGAACCUGGGCUCCUGAGACCACACUGAGCAUGCUCAGAACCUGGGCUCCUGAGACCACACUGAGCAUGCUCAGAACCUGGGCUCCUGAGACCACACUGAGCAUGCUCAGAACCUGGGCUCCUGAGACCACACUGAGCAUGCUCAGAACCUGGGCUCCUGAGACCUCAGUGGGCAUGCUCAGAACCUACACACUUGACCACUAGGCUAAGCCAUGUUAAAAAAAUGAACCAACAGUGAUCAAAUUCAAACCCGAUUCAGCGCAUUGAAAUCAUGUAAGCUUUCUGUGUAGAAGAACAGAAGCUGUUGCAUAGGUCAACUUUUUGAAAAAGAUAAAAAAAAUCCUAGUAUUGGAUUGAAAAAAAAGAAAUGUUGGUAGGAAAUGUUAAAUGUGUGAAACCAGGCUGAGUCCUGGUGAUGCCUUAAUGCACUUACUGCUGUACCGACCGGAGACGUUCCUUCUUUGAGCAUUUUCUUUCCCCUUCUUUAUGUACUGAGCUCUACCUUUUCUCCCCAAGAAUACGAGGAUGAACGGGGCAUUCUCUGUUUUGUAUUUGAACUCCGAGUUCUGGUGUAUUUAAUAAAGAGAUCUUCCAACUUGAAAAUCACAA